AUUUGUGAUUUGUGGAUGCUCUUGUGAUAUUCGGAUAUCUUUUUCCACGAACUAUGAUUUGCUCAGUAUAAGAAAUUAAGAAUAUUUUGAUAAUUUUUUCAAUUUGUGAAUUUUCAUGUUUACCAGAAAAAAUACAAAAUUAAGAAAUUCAAUUAGAUGUUGACUAUGAGGUUCACAAUCAUUGUACUACUAUAAAACAAAUGGAGUUCCAAAGCUGUGUUGAUGCAAUUCUGCAAGUCUUGUUUUUUUCUUUGGUUGAAAACAUUGACUUUCCUUAUCCAUGUAGUACCUCUGGCUAUGAAUUUUGCUAGCCUAAGAUCCUCAAUUCCAGUUUCUUGAGUUUUGCUCUAUGGCUACUGAAUUCAAGUCUCAAGUGUUCUUGAGUUUCAAGGCCAAAGAUACCGGCAUUACUUUCGCAGAUCAUCUCUAUGAAGCUCUGGCUGGAGCAGGUUUUGUAACAUUAAGAGGUGGCGAUGGAGACGAGGGAGGAGAAGAAAUCAAAUUGAAAUUACAAAAGGGUAUUGAAGAAGAAUCAGGGAUUUCAAUUAUAAUCCUUUCAAAUGAUUAUGUGUCUUCAAGUUUGUGUCUUGAUGAGUUGGUAAUGAUCUUGAAUUGUAGUAAAAGAAGAACAGUCCUGCCCAUAUUUUACCAUGUGGAUCCUUCUGAUGUUAGGAAACAGAAGGGGAGAAUUGGAGAAGAAUUUGAUAGGCAUGAAGAAGCUAAGGUUAAAAAAUGGAAGGAAGCACUCAAACAAGUUGCAGACUUGGGAGGAAUGGUCUUACAAAACCAAGCUGAUGGACAUGAGUCCAAAUUCAUACAGAAGAUCCUUAAAGUGGUUGAGAAUAAACUGAGCAGGCCAGUUCUGUAUAUUUUCCCUCAUCUGAUUGGAAUAGAACGACGUGUCGAAAACAUCAACUCAUGGCUAGAGGAUGGAUCUACUGAUGUUGACACUCUUGUUAUUUGUGGCAUUGGUGGAAUAGGCAAGACAACAAUGGCAAAGUAUGUGUAUAAUUUGAACUAUAGUAAGUUUGAUGGUAGCAGUUUUUUGUCCAACAUUAGAGAAAAUUCAACACAUCAUAAAGGUUUAGUUACUCUUCAAAGACAAUUUCUUUCUGAUAUUUGCCAGAGAAAGAAGAAACCUAUGUUUUCAGUGGACGAGGGAAUGACUGAGAUGAGAGAUGCUGUAAGUUGUAAAAGAAUCCUUCUUGUUCUUGAUGAUGUUGAUAGCCGCGAUCAAUUGGAUGCUCUACUGGCAAUGAAGGACUUGUUAUACCCUGGAAGUAAAGUCAUAGUGACAACUAGGAACAAGAGAUUGCUUAGGCCUUUUGAUGUGCAUAAGCUUUACGAGUUUGAAGCUUUGAAUAGAGAUGAAUCAGUUGAGCUCUUAAGUUGGCAUGCAUUUGGUCAAGAUUGUCCUAUUAAAGGUUUUGAGGUAUGUUCAGAACAAGUAGCAAUCGAUUGUGGAGGACUUCCGUUAGCACUUGAAGUUCUUGGUGCUACUUUGGCAGGAAGAAACAUAGAUAUUUGGAGAAGCACAAUACAGAAAUUAGAAGCAAUUCCGAAUCAGCAAAUUCUCAAGAAAUUAGCAGUAAGUUAUGAAUCUCUGGAGGAUGAUCAUGAUAAAAAUUUGUUUCUCCACCUAGCUUGCUUUUUCAUUGGGAAGGACAGAGAUCUAGCAAUAGCUAUUCUCAAUAGGUGCAACUUUUACACUGUAAUUGGAAUAGAAAAUCUAAUUGACAGAAAUUUUGUAAAAAUUAGUGAGUCUAACAGGUUGAUUAUGCAUCAAAUGAUUCGAGAUAUGGGAAGAGACAUUGUUCGCCAAGAAUCACCAAUGGAGCCUGGGAAACGCUCUAGACUAUGGCGCUCCAAGGAUUCCUAUAAUGUCUUAAUCCAGAACCUUGCCACUCAAACAAUUCAGGGCAUUAUCCUUAACAUGGAUAUGCUCAAAGACAAUGACAUAGUUAGCUCAAGUUUUUCUGCCACUGAUUUCAAGAAACACAAAACAAAGAACUUUCUCAACUAUCGUAAUCCUCAGAGAGGUCAAUUCAAACAGAAAACGUCUGGUUUUUCCCCAUGGCAUUUGUCAGAUGUCAAAGAAGUUACAAAUCAGCUGGUUCUGGGAACUGUUGUGUUUGAAAAAAUGCAAAAGUUAAGACUACUUCAGUUUGAUCACGUUGAGCUUCAAGGAUCUUUUGAUGUUUUUCCUAAGAGAUUAAGAUGGUUGCGCUGGUCAGAGCUGCAACUAGAAUGCAUGCCAAUUGAUUUUCCUCUGGAGAGCCUUGUAGUGAUUGAAUUACAGCAUAGCAGAUUGAGGAAAAUCUGGCAUGAAGUCAAGUUCCUUAAAUAUCUGAAGAUUUUCGAUCUCAGUCAUUCCUACGAGCUUCUAAGAACACCUGAUUUCUCUGGACUGCCCAACCUUGAGAAAUUGAUCCUUCGAUAUUGUACAAGCUUGAUUGAGCUUCAUGAGACCAUCGGAUGUCUCGAAUCACUUCUUCUGUUGAACCUCAACAAUUGCAAAAAUCUGCAGAGACUUCCAGAUAGCAUUUGCAUGCUAAAAUGUCUGGUCACACUAAAUAUCUCUGGUUGCUCAAGUCUUGAAUAUGUACCGAUGGAUCUAGAUAACGUAGAUUCACUGAGAGAGCUCUAUGCUGAUGAAAUUGCAGUUCAUCAAAUGGUUUCUACUGCAGAAGAGGUUCAACCGCGGUACGGAUUCCUGCGGUCCUGGAUGUGCAAGGGGACAAUAUGUCCUAAAGUUUCACACAUUAGCUUACCCAAUUCUUUGGUUACUUUGAGUCUUGCUGGAUGUAAUCUAUCCGACAAUACUUUUCCAGUUGCUUUCAAUAGCCUCUCCUUAUUGCGAAACUUAGAUUUGAGCCAUAAUAAUAUUUGCAGUCUGCCAAAGGGCAUAAGUUAUUUUACUAGACUUCAAAAGCUAGAAGUGGAAGGCUGUGAAAAGCUCAAAUCUCUCAUAGGGCUUCCCAAUAUAGAACAUCUCAAUGUUACUAACUGCAGCUUGUUAGAGAAAAUAUCAUAUCAAUCUAAAUCAUCUAGUCUGAAGAAUUUGCUGGUCUCAAAUUGUGUUGAAUUGGUGGAAAUAGAUGGAAAUUUCAAGUUAGAGCCCUUGAGAAAUACUGACGCAGGGAUGCUUUGCAAGCUAGGCUUGUGGAACUUGGCUCCUAUGGACAAUGUCAUGAUCAAUCUUACAUCUAACAUACUGAGCUACUACCGAAUACACAGUAAAGGGUGGACUCCAAGAAGGAAGACAAAGAAAUUUGUUCUUCAGGGACUGUACCAACCAGGCAUAUUUAGCACUUUUCUUACUGGUGAAAGAGUUCCUCCUUGGUUUAGCUCAAAGUUCUCAAAAGAAUCAAGUGCAUCCUUCAAAGUACCUACUUGCAAUUCCAGAAUAGAGGGAUUGAGUUUUUGCAUUAUGUACAAACGUUCCACAAUUGGGCUUUCACCGAGCAUUCUCGGUCCUUCACUGCUAACUCCACCUCCAAGAAUUUCUCAUCUUGCCAAGCGCAAAGCUCAAGGAAGACCACUUCGUUAUAGGCCGGUGGAAAAUAAACCAUAUGAAUCAACUUUUGAUUGCCCAUGCAUUACAGUUAAUAACUUAACUCGAAGUUUGAAAUGGUCUUACCAGCCCUUGUUCUAUGGAGUUCCAGAAGGGAGAGAAGGAAUGAUGUGGUUAAGCCAUUGGAAACUAGAGAAUCAGUUGAGCAGUGAAGAUGUUAUAGAGGUCACAGUUACCGCAGGAGAUGGUAUCACAGUUAUGGAAUUUGGGAUCAAAAUUGUGCAUGUUGAAGAGACAAAAGUGCUAGGGAAACCAGGCUGUGAAGAUGCAAGUGCAGAGACAGAUAUUGUCAAUCCAUUUUGGGAUGUUAAUUUGGUACAUGCCACCACUUCAAAGGAUACUUUUUCUGUCCGUCUUCCUCCUACUUAUCGUUCCUUACGUGCUGCUCAUGAGCUAUUUAUGGAGAAGGCACUUAAAAGAAAUAUGUCAGACUAUAACUAAGAAAUUUAUUACCUUCCAUUAUACACACUAAAA